AUGGUCAAUAACGAAUUAGAUGAUAUUUUCGAAGGAGAGCUUUCUGAUGUAGACGAAAACUGCCGUGGAUGUAAAAAGCUUGAUAGAAUCCUCAGAUAUAAUAGACCUCAUAAAAUAUCCCUUCCUGAGCUUGACUUUAAGGAUAUUAAUAGAGAUACAUUAGAAGCAACAAUUUCCCUUUUAAUUCACUACCGCCUUUACGAUACUCUAGCUGAACUAAUCUCUUCUGGUAUCGUGCCAAUAGAUGGUUUAGAAAUUCCCAGUGUAGUUCAAAUCAAAAUACGAAAACAACAAAAUUCUGGAAAAAACAUUCAUGAGAUUUUCUACAAAGAGCUGGAACGGGAGAUUGGGAUGCAAAUUGAGAAAAAACAAGGAAUCGGCUGGAUGAAACUGUGCGGAGAUAUUUUGUACUUUGUGUUAGGUUGUUUUAAACAAGCAUUCAA